UCAUCGACCCUGGAAUAAUUCCGCUAAGAUGCAACCUGGAUUAAUAAUUUAGUCCCUGUUCCCCGCUGGAUAAUCGGCAACUCGUCACACUAAGCGACUAAACGUUUUAACCAUGGCCCCCCUGAACCAAUGAUACGAAAUAACGAUUGGCCUUCUACAUGGAUACAUGGUGCACAGCUCUAAUCCAAUUCUAUGUCUUUGACUGUCACAAUAUUGGGCAUUCAAAUUGGUUGGGGUAGCGGUGCAGUCGAUACAUCUAUAUGGCAAUUCACUUCGGCAAUGCACCACAAGGCGUACUUGGUAACCCACUCGUUAGCCGUACAUUCCACGGAUGGGUCAUAUACGAAAUUCUCUAUACUAGGCUACUCUUUCAAAAGUUUUUUUUCUUUUUUUUCACAGAAUGGGUCCCGUGAUAGUGGACCAUCUUCCCCGAGAGGCUCCACCAACUCUGGUCUACCAUAUCCACGAGCUUGGCCUCUUUAUCGGCCCGUUGAGACAAAGCCCAGGCGCUGAGAAAUCGUAAUGCCAAUCUAUAAAUCUCCGCUUUUCCGUCUCAGGCCACUGUAGUUUCCUCUUCUCUUCUC